GUAAUAAUUCUCAUAGGAAAUAAAGCAGAUUUGGAGGCACAGAGAGAUGUUACAUAUGAAGAAGCCAAACAGUUUGCUGAAGAAAACGGCUUAUUGUUCCUUGAAGCAAGUGCAAAAACGGGAGAGAAUGUAGAAGAUGCUUUCCUUGAGGCUGCCAAGAAAAUCUAUCAGAACAUUCAGGAUGGAAGCCUGGAUCUGAAUGCUGCCGAAUCUGGUGUACAACACAAACCCUCAGCCCCUCAGGGAGGACGGCUAACCAGUGAACCCCAACCCCAGAGAGAAGGCUGUGGCUGCUAGUGACCUCUUUGCUGUGGCCCCUCAUUUGACCUUUCACCUCUGUCUGUUGGAAGCAGUACUUUUUACUGCCUUGUUGUCUUCUGUACAUCUUACUGGGUUUAAUUAAAAAAAAGAAAAAGAAAAAACAACUCUAUUGUACAAACAGUUUAACAUAAUACUAAACUGCUAAACAACUAGAUGUAAUCAGGUUAUCAAAGGCAAGUAGAGUAAUAAAUCUCUCCUGCAUGGUAAAUCUAGACUUUUUUCCCCCUGAUCGUCCUCGUGAUAGGUAUGUCACCAACAUUUGAUUUAAACUGAGCACUGAUGCUGGACUUGAUGAUUUUUACUCUUUUUGGCAAGGCUUUGUCUCACUGUACGGUUUAAUUUGAUAUCUUUGGUCUUUUUCCCCAACUUUAACCGUUCCAAUGUGUCUGUUGUAACCAAUUUCAUUGCUGUGAAAUGACUUCAGAUGGGAGGGGGGUGUUCUACAGCUGCUUUUGUUUUUGUUUUUUGUUGGAUAAAUUCCCUGUUGUAGGUGUGGCAUUGCUCUUGAUGAGGUUUGCUUAUCCUUGCACAGGGAAAAACACCCAUUUAUCUUUUCUCUUGUGCUUAAUAGCUUUAUCUUUUUUUUAUAUAUAUACCAUUUUAUCCUUUUCUCUUUAGCAGAAAGUAAAUAUGUAUAAAAUUUGAAGGAACCGAACUAACUACAUUCUGUGUAUAUUACUUUAAUGAAGAAAAUAAAUUGAUUACUGGCAUUGGAACAGUAUAAAAUACCAGUUUGUACAGUAUGACCUAUAUGUGACCAUGUUACUCCAUUUCACACACGGAAAUAGACACAACUGCAGUUCACAGGUAAUACCUACUGGCUCCACUCCUUGGUGCUGGCAGUGUUUGGGGACAUAAUGCUGGAAAGUGCUCCUAGCAUCAUCAGAUUAACACUAGCAGAUUCUAUUCCAUCUUUGCACUGUGGCUUACCUGCUGAUUUUCUUAAUUGUUCUUGUGCAAUCAGUAACGUGCUAACCUGCUUUUCUCUUUCUGUAAACGUUUUGCAUUACAGGCUGCAUUCUUGCCUUACUGUAUAGAAAAAGAAAAAAGGCUGGGUUUAUUAUUGCACAUAUUAAGCUUUUAUACCUUUGUCUUCUUGGAAUGGUCAGAUUCUGAACCAGAUAGCCAGAACCGCAAGUCUGCUAUUAAGGGAUUUUAAAUUGUGCAUUUUAACACUACAAUUAAAUAAUUUAAGAUUAUCCAUUUGUUCAUAGCAUGAGGCGUAUGUCAUGUUGACAUACGUUAUUUUGUAAAAGGGAAAGUUUCUAAUGGUGUUUCAGUGUUUGUGCUGAUAGUACAAGUACCCACCUCUGCACAAGGUGGUUUGGCCACUGAAAGAAUAUCUUCUUGGAAGAGAAACAAUCUUACUUCUUCAGACAACAAACUUAAGAGUUUUACUAAGUUCUUCUGUUGAUUGAGUUCUAGUUGAGUUUAUGGUUCUGUGACUGGGAAUUGAGAAGUUGUUUGAAGUGUAGGAUAAGUAAGCCUGAGCAUAUGAUAUAAAAUGCACUCAGCUGAACUGAUGUGUUUAAAAUAUACAUUUUAAAUCCCUCUUUACAGACACUAAGGUAAAAUUAAAUCUUCCUGGGUUAUAAACAUGGUAGUUCGAGUAUUGUAUAGUCAAUGUUAAAUAAAAGCCAAAACUGGAAUGUGCAGAAAAUAGGAUUUGGUUUGUUGUGGACUUUUUAUUUUUGUCUUUAACUUUUUAAAAAAAGUAAGAUUCCUGGAGUAGAUUGGUUUGUCUGUUAAAGGCUUACAGUGAUCCAUUUUGCUUACACUAUUGCACCACAAGGGACCCUGGGACCAUGACCUGCUGGUGUGUAUAUAUUUACAAAACAAAGCAAACAAACCACCCAUUGGGAUAUAAGAUAGCAGUCACAAGACUGUGGCUUGUUUAGGUGCAAUAUCCUGGUUCCCAAAGGUAGUUACAUGGGUCUAAAUGUUGUGACAGGAUUUAUUCAGACUGCUGUACUCUUCAUUUGAUGUAUCAAAAUGCUAUUAAUCUAAAUAUUUGUAAAUAAAGCACUUGUAUCUAGAUUAAAUUAAAA